GCUUUAGUCUGUUACUUUUGGCGACGGCUAUAUUACAGAUUAAUGCACAGGUUCAAUGUUCUGCUAGUUCACCGUGUCCGGAAUCGGCGCCUUGUUGUUCAGAAUUCGGAUACUGUGGCUCUGGGCGUUUUUGUCUAGGUGGUUGCAAUCCUUUGUUGAGCUUCAAACCAACUUCAUGUGCACCAAAUCCAAUCUGUCGAUCAAUGACCUACAAUCUCAAAGACACUAGUAAAUUUAUCGAUAGUGCAUCUUACAGUGGAGAAUCGACCUAUGAUUUCACAACUGAUGGACAACCGAUAUUUUCCAAUGGUGUUAUAUUACUGACAUUGGCUCAAGGUUCUAAAGGUACUCGUAUAUCGACUACUCAGUAUGUUCAAUAUGGUAGAAUCACUGCUAGACUCAAGACAUCUCGAACUCAGGGUAUCGUAACCGCGUUCAUUACCAUGUCGAAUGUUAAAGACGAAAUAGAUUGGGAAUGGGUCGGUUAUCUACUAGAUAAGGCGCAAAGCAAUUAUUUCUAUCGUGGUAUUAUCGAUUAUGGGAACGCUGAUACACAUCCAGUCAGCACUAGUACUUUUGACGAUUUCCACGAAUACACAAUCGACUGGCAAGAAACCCAAUUACAAUGGUUCGUUGACGGAAAACUAGUUCGAACACUCUAUAAAAAAGAUACGCUAAAUGCCACAACAGGCGUCUACAUGUACCCAUCAACACCAUCACGUGUUCAACUGUCGAUAUGGAAUGGUGGUGAAGGUGCAGCCGGGACAAAAGCAUGGGCCGGUGGUCAGACAAAUUGGAAUUCACCCGAUAUAAAGAGUCCCGGAUAUUUUUACGCGCAGAUCCAAAGUCUCGAUAUAAAGUGUUACGGUCCACAGGCUAGUAAUUCGUCAAGUCAGCAAUUAACAAGUUAUGUUUAUGGCGCUGAUGGUAAUAUAAGUGUUAGUAAUGCGAAUACGACGAUCAAGAUUGCUACGCCACAAAGUCUAGGGUUACCGCAAGAUGUGAACGAUAUGCAAAAUAUUACGGGACAAUAUAUUCAGGAUUUGAAGACCUCUACCGGUAUUAAUACCAUUGCUUUGACCCCAAAGAAUUUGGCUUUGACUCUAUUGAGUUUGCUCUCUAGCAAUUUUUUGAACCUGCUAUAA